UGAUAUAUUGCUAUAUAAAGCUUUGGAACAGCACUGAUUUGUCGAAUCAAAUAAGUAUUUGAUAACGAAUAUAUUUGUGUGCCUGCAAAAUUCUUGUUCGUUACGAUAGAAUUUUAAGAUAUUUAAUUAACAAUCAAUUUUGUGCAAAUUUAAGAUGUGUCUUUUGAAGUUAACGAGCGCUGGUAUAAUUUCGUUGUUUGUCUUUAAUCUAUGUACGCUUUCUCUUGGAUUAAAGCCUCGUGACCAUGGAAGACUCGGUAUGUGUGGCAUGCAACAAGCAAUCUACCCGGGCAAUUUGAUGCAAUGCAAUGUCAAUAACGGACAAUUUCUUGACUAUCGUGACAUCAGAAACUGGUCUGGAAAGGAGAAUAGUAAAAAGUAUUCAGUACGAAUUUACUGCGCUGGUGGUACAGUUUAUUUGCCUUGGCCCUUUAAAGCCAGGAAUGUCGUUAGUCUAGAAAUAUAUAACUGCAAAGUUCUUGGAUUUCUGUCGGAGAUGACAAAUGAGUUGAAUAUUGCCGACGAACUUAAAACUCUGAUAUUGUCUGACGUGUCUGUGGAAAUCCCCCUUCGUAAGAUGCUUCAGCUUGGGGACCGAAUGAAUAAAGUUUCUAGAAGCGCCGACUGUGGUCAAUUAACUUUAGAGAAAUUAGUUUUUAAAGAUAUACAUUACGAAUUAAAAAUGACCCCAGAAGAGAGGGACGGUGUUAAACAAAACAGUUUCCUGGGAAACAUGAAACACAGCCAUUCUCAGCAAACACAUCCUUGCGUUUAUAAAAGUUUGAAAUACCUUGACGAAAGUGGAAGCAGGAAGAGCGGACAAUAUCAUUUAAAACUGAUUCCGGAAUAUUCCAAAUUUCCAUCUCUUGAAGUUUACAAUAUGUCUCGAAAUGAGGUAGGUCACGUGCCAAGCGCGUUCAGAAAUCUUCAUUCAGGAAAGUUUCCAGCGCUACGGCACAUUGACUUCUCUAAUAAUUUUCUAAGGGCAUUUGAGUUUGACCUUCCGACUGACCCUAAAAAGUGCAAACUAGAAAUCAUAGAUCUUCAUAACAAUCAAAUAAGAUCCGUAUCUCCAGUCAUUACACACAAGCUGAAAGAUAUGGGCAAAAUUUUAGUAGACCUGAGGCAAAACCCAAUGAAAUGUGGCUGCCAUCUGGCGAUAUUCAAGCAGUAUUUAGAAAGACUGUAUCGCAACACUAGUGAUAUUGAAUAUAAGCAGAUAUUAACAGAUAUUGCAUGUCUUACUGAUUCUACUCGUCAUGGAAAACGGAAAAAUGUCAGCAUUCUAAAGGCAACGUUUGAUAAAAAAUGCAAAAGAUGAACACCGUGAUGUUUUAUUCGGAGUAAAAUAUCUCCUGAUUUUAAAUAUUGUCGCCAAAAUUCACUCUGUAAGGGGAAGCGUGAAAAUUCACCCAGAUGAGGGUAAUUUGAAGUAUACGUACUCGUACGUAGAACGCAUAACAUUGUUGUGAGGCUUGAUAAAUAUACACAUAUUAUAUGACUACGCUACUCAUACUUAAUUUGACAGUCUACAAUGUUUUGUUUUUAUUGAGCGAAAAGAUUUGUUUUUAUUGAGGGAAGAGAUUUGUUUUUAUUGAGCGAAAAGAUUUGUUUUUAUUGAGCGAAAAGAUUUUGUUUUUAUUGAGCAAAAAGAUUUGUUCUGCAUUAAGCAAAAUAAAUUUAUACAUUGAGUAGAAAGAUUGAGCAGAAAUUUGUGUUUUAUAUUAGACAAUAAGAUUGUUUUAUAUUGAGUAGAAAUAGUUUUUUAAUAUUGAAUUGAAAGAUUUGUUUUAUUUUGAACCGAAAUAUUUGUUAUAAUUAUAUUGAAUACAUUGAGCAAAAUGUUUUGUUAAUAUUGAAAAAAAAAUGUUUUAUUGAGCAAAAAUGUUUGUUUUGAACUUAGCAAAACACAGGAUUAUAACAUAUUAAGCAGAAUUAAUUGUUUAAUAAUAAGCACAACAUGAGAAAUAUUUUUAAAUUUAGAAAAAAUAUCAGUAAAUAAUUGUAUUAUAUGAAGCAGAAAUGUCAGGAAUAAUUGUUUUACAUUGAGCCAAAAUAAUAUCACGAAUAAUUGUUUAACAUUGAGUAGAAUAUCGGACAUAAUUGUUUUAUAUUGAGCAGAAAUAUCAAGAAUAAUUGUUUUAUAUUGAGCCGAAACAUCAGAAAUUGUUGUUUUAUAUUGAGCAGAAAUAUCAGAAAUAAUUGUUUUAUAUUGAACAGAUGUAUCAGAAAUAAAUGUUUUAUAUUGAGCAGAAAUAUAUAGAAUAAUUGUUUUAUAUUGAGCAGAAAAUUCAAGAAUAAAAUUGUUUUAUAUUGAGCAAAUAUAUCAGAAAAAAAUGUUUAUAUUGAGCAAAAAUAUCAAAAAUACUUGUUUUAUAUUGAGCAGAUAUAUCAGAAAUAGUUGUUUUUUAUUGAGCAGAAAUAUCAAGAAUAAUUGUUUCAUGUUGAGCAGAAAAAUAUUGUUCUAUAUGUAUUGGGCAGAAUAUAAAGAUGUGUUUCUAGUGGAGAAGACAUGUAUUAUGUUAAA